AUGCGCAGCACGUAUAACAUGCUGCCAUUUCGACGAAUUCCCAAACUGAUGCUAGAACACAUUAUUCAAAAUGCAGUGUUCUGGCUCAACGCUUUCCCAGCAUUGGAUGGGGUUUCUGACACACUUUCGCCUAAAUAUAUUGUAACCGGAAGAAAUGUAAACAUGAAACUCCAUGUCCGCACCAAAUUUGGCGCAUACGUCCAGACUCAUGAGGAACAUUCCAAUGAUAUGCGUGCACGCACGCUGGGCGCCAUAUGCCUUGGGCCCACCGGUGCAGCACAAGGCUCACACUAUUUCAUGAGCGUUGCAACCGGCAAGCGCAUCACAAGGCAACACUGGACACCACUACCCAUGCCUACUGAUGUCAUCGAGGCCGUCAGCAACCGUGGGCUACAACAGGGCAUGCCCACUACACUGACAUUUGCAGACCGGCACGGAAUGGAGCUUAUCGACGACGAUGACGACGUGGACGACGACCACGACUCCUUGUACAGCUCUUCCAAUGCGUCCGCCACCCACACUCACACAGAUGACGAUGACAUUAGCUAUGACAGUGAUGCUAGCGAUGUCACCAUGCCACCUCCACAAACACCUGUGGACGAUGAUGCCAGCGCCUACGACAACACCAAUUCCGUAGAUGACGCUGAUGAAACUGAUAGUACUCACAGUGAUGAUCCAGACAACGACCAGCCUCCCGACAACGCCGGGACACAGGAGUGA